AUGGGCAAGAAAAAUGUCAAUAUCGAGCCGGAGACUCCCUUCCACACAUACACAGUCAAUCAAACUGCAGAAUUCCUCAACACCAGUAUCAUUGAGGGUCUCACCACUGGUGAGGCUACCUCUCGUUUGAACAAGUAUGGCAACAAUGAGCUUCAGGGCAAUGGGGGCGUCAAAUGGUACAAAGUUCUAUGGCGUCAGGUAGCCAAUGCUCUCGUCGUUAUUCUUUUGAUUGCCACUGCCCUUGCUUUUGCCACUAAGGAUUUCGCUGAAGGAGGGGUUAUUUUGUUUAUUAUCAUCAUGAACGCCGCGAUCGGGUUCUGGCAAGAGUUCAACGCAGAACAGACC